CCUCGGGCCGAGCCCGGCCAACGCCCAGCCGGCCAGCCAGCCCAGGACGUCCACCUCCACCUUUCCGCGGGCCUCCGUGCCCCCGGGACCGCCUCGGGGGCCGGGUCGGAGUCGCGGCCUCCGCUCCCCAGCCCGCGGUCGCCGUGGCCGUCGCCGCGCGCCGGGCGCACCUGACCGGGCGGGCGGGGCGGCGGGCGGGGCUCCGGGCCUGACGUGGCGGCGGCAUGGAGCGGGCGUGAUUCAUCAGCCGCCGCGCGGGGUCGGAGCGGGGCGAGCGCAGUGGCCGCCUAGGUGCCCAGGGCCGGGUUGCGGUGGCGGCGGCGUCACCGCCGGGCCUCGCGUGCGCUCCCCUUGCUGUCUGCGGCCGGCCCCCGGCGAAGGUCAAGAUGGAAGAAAUCCUAAGGAAGCUGCAGAAGGAAGCGUCCGGGAGCAAGUACAAAGCCAUCAAAGAGAGCUGCACCUGGGCCCUGGAAACCCUGGAUAGUGUGGAUACCAUUGUCAAGAUCCCUCCACACUUGCUGAGGGAGAAAUGCCUGCUGCCUCUCCAAUUGGCUUUGGAAUCCAAGAAUGUGAAGCUGGCCCAACAUGCCUUGGCAGGGAUACAGAAGCUUCUGGCGGAAGAGAGGUUUGUAUCCAUGGAAACGGACUCUGAUGAGAAGCAGCUGCUCAAUCAGAUCCUGAACACCGUGAAAGUGACGCCUUCCCUCCACGAAGACCUGCAGGUGGAAGUGAUGAAGGUUUUACUCUGCAUAACCUACACCCCAACCUUUGACCUGAAUGGGAGCGCAGUGCUGAAGAUCGCGGAGGUGUGCAUUGAAACAUACAUAUGUAGCUGUCACCAGCGUAGUAUAAACACUGCUGUGCGGGCAACUCUCAGUCAAAUGCUGAGUGACUUGACUUUACAGUUACGACAAAGGCAGGAGAAUACGAUAAUUGAAAACCCGGAUGUCCCGCAGGAAUUCAGGAGUCAAGGGUCAACAGUAGAGUCCCUCUGUGAUGACCUUGUCUCUGUGCUCACUGUUCUGUGUGAGAAGCUCCAAGCUGCCAUCAAUGACGGUCAGCAGCUGCAGCUUCUGUACCUGGAGUGCGUUCUGUCCGUGCUCAGCAGCUCCUCCUCCUCCAUGCAGCUGCACAGAGGCUUCACAGACCUCAUCUGGAAAAAUCUUUGCCCUGCUCUCAUCGUGAUCCUGGGGAAUCCAAUUCAUGACAAAACCAUCACCUCUGCUCAUAGCAGCAACACGAGUACCAGCAUCGAAUCGGACUCUGCGUCCCCAGGGGUUUCUGACCACGGCCGGGGAUCAGGCUGCUCCUCCACCGCCCCAGCCCUCAGUGGGCCCGUGGCUCGGACCAUCUAUUACAUCGCAGCUGAGCUGGUCCGGCUGGUGGGGUCAUUGGACUCCAUGAAGCCCGUGCUGCAGUCGCUCUAUCACCGCGUGCUGCUUUAUCCCCCACCCCAGCACCGGGUGGAAGCCAUCAAAAUAAUGAAAGAGCUACUUGGGAGCCCACAGCGUCUCUGUGAUUUGGCAGGACCCAGCUCCACUGAACCCGAAUCCAAAAAAAGAUCAAUUUCAAAAAGAAAGUCUCAUCUGGAUCUUCUCAAACUCAUCAUGGAUGGCAUGACCGAGGCGUGCAUCAAGGGGGGCAUCGAAGCCUGCUAUGCUGCCGUGUCCUGCGUCUGCACCUUGCUUGGGGCCUUAGAAGAGCUCAGCCAGGGCAAGGGCUUGAGCGAAAGUCAGGUCCAGCUGCUGCUUCUGCGCCUGGAGGAGCUGAAGGACGGGGCCGAGUCGAGCCGAGACUCCAUGGAGAUCAACGAGGCUGACUUCCGCUGGCAGCGGCGAGUCCUGUCCUCGGAACACACGCCCUGGGAGUCGGGGAACGAGCGGAGCCCUGACAUCAGCAUCAGCGUUACCACGGACACGGGUCAAACCACUUUGGAGGGAGAGUUGGGUCAGACCACACCCGAGGACCACCCCGAAAACCACAAGAAUGGCCUCAAGUCGCCAGCCGUCCAGGAGGGCGAGGAGACUCUGAGUAAAGUGUCAGAACCAGAAGCCGCGGACCAGCCAGAUGUGGUUCAAAGGAGCCACAUGGUUGCCUACCCUGAUAUAACUAACUUCCUGUCCGUUGACUGCAGGAUGAGGUCCUACGGAUCCAGGUACAGUGAGAGCAAUUUCAGCGUAGACGACCAAGACCUCUCUCGGACAGAAUUUGAUUCCUGUGAUCAGUACUCAAUGGCAGCAGAAAAGGACUCGGGGAGGUCUGACGUGUCGGACAUCGGGUCCGACAACUGUUCUCUAGUUGACGAGGAGCAGACCCCCCGGGACUGCCUGGGCCACAGGUCCCUGCGGGCUGCGGCUCUGUCUCUCAAGCUACUGAAGAACCAGGAAGCCGAUCAGCACAGCGCCCGGCUGUUCGUGCAGUCCCUGGAGAGCCUCCUGCCGCGCCUCCUGGCCCUGCCCAGCGUGGAAGAGGUGGACGCGGCCCUCCAGAACUUUGCCUCCACCUUCUGCUCAGGCAUGAUGCACUCCCCGGGAUUUGACGGGAACAGCAGCCUGGGCUUGCAGAUGCUGAUGAACGCGGACAGCCUGUACUCGGCCGCGCACUGCGCCCUGCUGCUCAACCUGAAGCUCUCCCACGGCGACUACUACCGGAAGCGGCCCGCCCUGGCGCCAGGCACCAUGAAAGAGUUCAUGAAGCAGGUGCAGACCAGCGGGGUGCUGAUGGUCUUCUCCCAGGCCUGGAUCGAGGAGCUUUACCACCAGGUUCUCGACAGAAACAUGCUCGGAGAAGCCGGCUACUGGGGCAGCCCCGAGGACAACAGCCUUCCCCUCAUCACCAUGCUGACUGAUAUCGAUGGCUUAGAGAGCAGUGCAAUUGGAGGGCAGCUGAUGACCUCAGCUUCUGUGGAGUCUCCUUUCACCCAGGGCAGGAGAAUUGAUGACUCCACGGUGGCAGGUGUGGCGUUCGCUCGCUACAUUCUGGUUGGCUGCUGGAAGAACUUGAUCGACACUUUAUCAACCCCCCUGACCGGCCGAAUGGCGGGGAGCUCCAAAGGGCUGGCCUUCAUUCUGGGAGCUGAAGGCAUCAAAGAACAGAACCAAAAAGAACGCGAUGCCAUCUGCAUGAGCCUCGAUGGGCUGCGGAAAGCAGCGCGGCUGAGCUGUGCUCUAGGAGUUGCAGCCAACUGUGCGUCAGCCCUCGCCCAGAUGGCAGCUGCCUCCUGUGUCCAGGAAGAGAAAGAGGAAAGGGAAAUCCAGGAACCCGGUGAUGCCAUAGCACAAGUGAAGCUAAAAGUGGAGCAGAAACUGGAGCAGAUCGGGAAGCUGCAGGGGGUAUGGCUGCACGCAGCCCACGUCCUGUGCAUGGACGCCAUCCUCAGUGUCGGCCUGGAGAUGGGCAGUCACAACCCGGACUGCUGGCCACACGUGUUCAGGGUGUGCGAGUAUGUGGGCACGUUGGAGCAUACCCACUUCAGCGACGGCACCUCUCAGCCCCCGCUGACCAUCAGCCAGCCUCAGAAGGCCCCCAGAGGCGGACUCCUCGGGGACCCGGAGAGCGAGGGCUCACCCCAAGAGCAGAGCCUGGAGCAGAGGAGCUCCCUGAGCGCGGCCCCCGUCAUCCAGCCCCUCUCCAUCCAGGAACUCGUCCGGGAAGGCAGCCGAGGCCGAGCCUCCGACUUCCGUGGGGGCAGCCUCAUGACGGGCAGCAGUGCCGCCAAGGUCGUGCUCACGCUCUCCACCCAGGCCGACAGGCUCUUUGAAGAUGCUACAGAUAAGUUGAACCUCAUGGCUCUGGGAGGUUUUCUUUACCAACUGAAGAAAGCAUCGCAGUUCCAGCUUUUCCAUUCCGUCACAGAAACAGUUGAUUACUCACUGGCAAUGCCAGGAGAAGUGAAAUCCACCCAAGACCGAAAAAGCGCCCUCCACCUGUUCCGCCUUGGGGACGCCAUGCUGAGGAUCGUGCGGAGCAAAUCGAGGCCCCUGCUCCACGUGAUGCGCUGCUGGAGUCUUGUGGCGCCGCACCUGGUGGAGGCUGCCUGCCAUAAGGAAAGACAUGUGUCUCAGAAGGCAGUUUCCUUCAUCCAUGAUAUACUGACAGAGGUUCUCACUGACUGGAGUGAGCCACCUCAUUUUCACUUUAAUGAAGCACUCUUCCGACCUUUUGAGCGUAUCAUGCAGCUGGAGUUGUGUGACGAGGAUGUCCAAGACCAGGUCGUCACGUCCAUCGGUGAGCUGGUUGAAGUGUGUUCCACCCAAAUCCAGUCGGGAUGGAGGCCCUUGUUCAGUGCCCUGGAAACAGUGCGCAGUGGGGACAAGUCUGAGGGGAAGGAGUACCUGGUCAGUGACUACUCCAUGGGAAAAGGCCAGGCUCCAGUGUUUGAUGUAUUUGAAGCUUUUCUCAAUACCGACAACAUCCAGGUCUUUGCUAAUGCGGCCACUAGUUACAUCAUGUGCCUUAUGAAGUUUGUCAAAGGACUGGGGGAGGUGGACUGUAAAGAAAUCGGAGACCGUGUCCCCGGACCCGGAGCCACGUCCCCAGACCUGUGCCUCCCUGCCCUGGAUUACCUCAGGCGCUGUUCGCAGUUGUUGGCCAAAAUCUACAAAAUGCCCUUGAAGCCAAUAUUCCUUAGUGGGCGACUCGCUAGCUUGCCCCGAAGACUUCAGGAGCAGUCAGCAAGCAGUGAGGAUGGAAUUGAGUCAGUCUUGUCUGACUUUGAUGAUGACACUGGUCUGAUAGAAGUCUGGAUCAUCCUGCUGGAGCAGCUCACAGCAGCUGUGUCUAACUGUCCACGUCAGCACCAACCCCCGACCUUGGAUUUGCUCUUUGAGCUGUUGAGAGAUGUUACCAAAACACCUGGACCAGGGUUUGGCAUCUAUGCAGUUGUUCACCUUCUCCUGCCUGUGAUGUCCCUUUGGCUUCGCCGUAGCCAUAACGACCAUUCUUACUGGGACGUGGCGUCUGCUAACUUCAAGCAUGCCAUCGGUCUGUCCUGUGAGCUGGUGGUGGAGCACAUUCAGAGCUUCAUCCACUCAGACAUCAGGUAUGAGAGCAUGAUCAACACCAUGCUGAAGGACCUCUUUGAGUUGCUGGUGGCGUGUGUGGCCAAGCCCACAGAAACCAUCUCCCGAGUGGGCUGCUCCUGUAUCAGGUACGUCCUCGUGACAGCGGGCCCCGUGUUCACGGAGGAGAUGUGGAGGCUGGCUUGCUGUGCCCUGCAGGACGCCUUCUCGGCCACGCUCAAGCCGGUGAAGGAUCUGCUGGGCUGCUUCCACAGCGGCACCGAGAGCUUCAGCGGGGAAGGCUGCCAGGUGAGGGUGGCGGCCCCCUCCUCCUCCCCCAGUGCUGAGGCCGAGUACUGGCGCAUCCGAGCCAUGGCUCAGCAGGUGUUUAUGUUGGACACCCAGAGCUCCCCAAAGACUCCAAACAACUUUGAUCAUGCUCAGUCCUGUCAGCUCAUUAUUGAACUGCCUCCUGAUGAGAAGCCAAACGGACACACCAAGAAAAGUGUUUCCUUCAGGGAAAUUGUGGUGAGUCUACUAUCCCAUCAAGUGUUACUCCAGAACUUAUAUGAUAUCUUGUUAGAAGAGUUUGUCAAAGGCCCCUCUCCUGGGGAGGAGAAGAUCCAAGUACCAAAAACCAAGCUGGCUGGCUUCCUCAGAUACAUCUCCAUGCAGAACUUGGCCGUCAUCUUUGACCUGCUGUUGGACUCCUACAGGACGGCCAGAGAGUUUGACACCAGCCCUGGGCUGAAGUGCCUGCUGAAGAAAGUGUCUGGCAUCGGGGGCGCUGCCAACCUCUACCGCCAGUCUGCCAUGAGUUUUAACAUUUAUUUCCAUGCGCUGGUCUGUGCUGUUCUCAGCAACCAAGAAACCAUCACUGCUGAGCAAGUGAAGAAGGUCCUUUUUGAGGACGAUGAGAGGAGCACAGAUUCCUCCCAGCAGUGUUCAUCAGAAGAUGAAGACAUUUUUGAGGAGACCGCCCAGGUGAGCCCCCCUAGAGGCAAGGAGAAGAGGCAGUGGAGGGCUCGGAUGCCCUCACUCAGUGUCCAGCCCGUCAGCAACGCCGACUGGGUGUGGCUGGUCAAGAGGCUUCACAAGCUGUGCAUGGAGCUGUGUAAUAACUACAUCCAGAUGCACUUGGACCUGGAAAACAGUAUGGAGGAGGCACCGAUCUUCAAGAGCGACCCUUUCUUCAUCCUUCCCUCCUUCCAAUCUGAGUCAUCCACCCCGUCCACUGGGGGCUUCUCGGGGAAAGACACGCCUUCCGAGGAUGACCGCAGUCAGAGCCGGGAUCACGCGGGCGAGCCGCUGAGCCUGAGGGGGACCAGCGGGGAAAUGCUGCUGCUGCCCCCGAGCCCCAGGGUGGAGAAGAAGGACCCCAGCCGCAAGAAGGAGUGGUGGGAGAACGCCGGCAACAAAAUCUACACCAUGGCGGCCGACAAGACCAUCUCAAAGCUGAUGACCGAGUACAAGAAGAGGAAACAACAGCAUAACCUGCCCGCCUUCCCCAAAGAGGUCAAGGUGGAGAAGAAGGGAGAGCCACUGGGGCCCAGGGGCCAAGGCUCCCCACUGCUCCAGCGGCCCCAGCACCUGAUGGACCAGGGGCAGAUGCGGCACUCCUUCAGCGCUGGCCCCGAGCUGCUGCGCCAGGAGAAGAGGCCCCGCUCGGGCUCCACCGGCAGCUCCCGGAGUGUCUCCGCAAGGGACGCCGAAGCCCAGAUCCAGGCAUGGACCAACAUGGUGCUAACAGUUCUCAAUCAGAUUCAGAUCCUUCCAGACCAGACCUUCACAGCGCUCCAGCCAGCAGUGUUCCCAUGCAUCAGCCAGCUGACCUGUCACGUGACUGACAUCAGAGUUCGCCAGGCUGUGAGAGAAUGGCUCGGCAGAGUGGGCCGUGUCUAUGACAUCAUUGUGUAGAAGACUCACAUUCCAUUCCCAAGGAAAUACACUAGGAGGGUUUAGAGUAUGUCUGCCAAUCCAGCUGACAGCAUUUUCCCCCCCCACCAGCCCCAGUGACUCAGAGAACACCCAGUUGCUCCCUAACUAAUCAGCAUCGGGGCCAUUCUGGAUACUAAGGUUGUAUCUGGAUGACACAAGUGAAACUCUAAAUUUGCACAUAAUUUCAGAAGACUCUACAUUCCUUGACACAUUUCUAAAUCUUAUUUCCCAAUGCUUUUGCCUGCAAUAUUAUCCCCAAAUGAGUCACUUUUAAGGGCCACUCCUUUGAAAACAUUACAUUGAUCCAUCAUUUUAAAAAAUGCAGUAGCUAAAGAAAUAUCUGCUGGUUAAGUCAAGCUGAUGUACACAGACAUCUAGUACCAGACAUGAUUAAUUGGAGGAAGAGUUAUAUUAUGAUUAUGAGUUCGGCAGGGAAGAAAACAGUUGGAGAAAUGUAUUCUUGGGUGUCAUAAUCAAGAAAGGGAUGACUUACUUCCUCUGUAACUCUGUAAAAUAUUCCAGAACAUUUCAAAAUUGUUCCUAAGUUGUCAAGAUUUUCUGGUUGGUAUUUGCCAACUUCCUCAUGUAAGGUACUACUGUGCCUUCACUUCCCUACUUCUAAAGGAAGGAAAUUCUUUCAUGGCAGGAUUUUAAGUCUGUGCCGUGGCAGCCUUUGACACAUAGUACUCAGUGGUAUUGGCUGAUACAGAUAGUGCCAAAUGACUUAAGACCGGCCACCCUGACUGUCCCAAUAGUCUUUGCUUUUGUUCCCAACGCAAAAAUGAAAAGGGAAAGAAAAAAUGGUGCCUUAGUUCCUUGUUGCACACACAUUUCUAUGCUCCACAAUUAUCUGAACAUAAGGUAUAACAUUUUGUCUUUAAGAAAAUAAAACAACUCAUUUUAUAUCAACACCCUUGGAAGAAAGGAACUCAAGAAUUCACCGUCCAAUAAACAGACUUCUCAGGGAAGGGAGCAGGAAGUGUGGGGUUAGGGAGACAGCUGGAAGGGGUGGGAAAGGAGGUGAUGAUGAAAUCAUUUUAAAUUUGAAAAUAUUAGACAACAAUCGUAUGAAAUUAUGGUGUCGUUCAUACACACUCUAGUCUCAGAAGAAAAUAAAACUACAGGAGAAAAGGACACAGAAUGAAGUUUAGGAAAUGAAGCUUUUCAGUUUAAAAUAUUCCUCCUCUCUGGCAAGUAGAUUUGCCGUCUGUUUGAGGUCUUUUAAUUCAGGCAUAUUUUAAGCAGAUAUUUAUUUUCCUAAUUAUUCCUAGAAAAUUAAUUUGGAAUCUUUAUUAUUUACAGUAUAUUUAAUAUUUAUUAAAUUAUAAUAGUGACUGAAACUCCUCAGUCAAGCCCACUCACACACAUUCUAAAGAGUCAGUUGCUAAGACAUACGUUUUAAUUUUCCCAGCUCCUAAAAAUUGUUUGUAAUUGAAAAUAUUAUCCCUGAAACAUCAACUCUAAGUGUGGAAGUAAGGAUUUAAAACUGACAGCUUUAUUCAGUGCUGGUAUUUGUAAACUUUGUCUUCCUUGGGAAUAUAUAACUAUCUACAAGGUUAAGAGGAAGACAGGGUUCCCUGAUUUAUUUAGGCAAUCUAAAAGAAAGAACCUUAUCAUUCGCUAUGCCAUCCGGAGCACCACAGAAUUCAGAAGAUGUUUUUCCAGUUCCACAAAACACUCUUUGCCUUCGGUUUUUGCUCAUUAGACAAUAAUGCAAGUUUAGAAACAGAUCAACAAUUUGAUGUUAACAAGCAAUGAAUCGUUGGGAUAGCAAUGAGUUGGUUCUAUACUUUAGAUUUUUUAUAUUUUGUAAGUAGAAUUGAAAGUUGGGUACAUCCUUUUUUUUUUUUUUUUUUAAACAAAAGCAGUACACCAUUGUUGUUUUGUUUCUUUUUGUAGCUCAUUUAAGGUUCAUUUCCUUUUGAGCCUGAGUAUUCCACAAUUUACGGGGGUGGGGGGAGCUUCAGCAAAGCAGAGUAUUAUCAAAUCAGAGUAAUUACAAAAUGUUUAUAUCUAGCAACUUUUUAUAAAGUAUAAAAAUUCAAAGGAAGCCAGUCUCAAUUUAUGAAGGUCAUGUCCUGGAAGUUGUUAACGGUUUAGAAGUCAGAAUUCAUUGUCUUGACAGAUUCUCUAUUGUGGGAUUCAUGGCUAGCUUAUGAAAACAAGUUUACCCCAUUCUGUAUUCAAACACUGCUCUAGUACCAGCCUAAUUAUGGAUCCCAAGAAUAAAAGAUAAGAGGAUGUACAUCAUUCUUUACCUACAAUUUUGUCAGAGGGUUUUGGUCCCUUCCCGUCAUCUUUUCUGUAGACCACCCCUCCGGCCCACAGCAGUCUUCAACCCACCUCCAUUCCCAACACACUCUGUGCAUCACAUCCCUGUCAGAUUUCAGCUGGAAAAUUAGCUAAGUCACAGUAAUACUUCUCAGAGGUAUUUGCAGUUUUCAAAAAGGACAUUGCUUGAUGCAAAUAAUCUCCAAGGAAUAGUACACUUCAGGUCACAGCGAAGUCAGUCAAAUCUUCCCAGGGGUGGAGAAGAAAGGGACAUAUGUAAAAAACCUUAGUAGAGGAGUGGUCCCUCCCCACACUGCCCCAUCAGUCCCUCACUCUUCCUGGUGUGUCCAUUUCUGCCUUUCCGCAUCUCUUCUUUCAUUCCCUCCCAUGGUCUCUGAAAGACCAAGGUCAAGACAAGCCUUUGUAGUUACAAUAGCUAUUACCAUAUAUUUUCAGAUCUAAGCAGAAUAAGAUUUUUAUUGCUUUUAGUUGCCUGUAUUUACUGCCAAAAGUGUGUUACCCUCUGGUUGAGAUUUAUUCUUUUUCUAAUGUUUUGGUAAAGUGUUCAUCUUUUCCAAAGUGAGGAAGCACCCUAGAAAACUCAAAGUGCAAAAGAAUUCCUGACUGAAUAGCCCAACCAAGUACACCACGCUCUGCAACAGAUUUCUCCUUGCCAUAGGAGGACUUAGAUUUGAUGGAGGGCUAAUAAAUUGUUCAUAGGAUCUCUCACCUCUUGCAUCUCCUGAUCAGCUUUGACAGAUGCUUAGGCUGUCUCUUUACACCCUCUUGUCAUCUCUCCCCUUAUGAUUAUUUUCCUGCCUUCUCCAUCAAUACAAAACUAGGGCAACUUUUACCACUUUUAGGCUAUUUAAUGACUGACCAAGGCAGAUGCUAACAUAUAAAACAGCUCAGACUAAUCAAACAUGACAAAAUGUUAUCAUAAUUCCAAAGUACCUUUAAAUUGAAACUUCUUAGUACAGCGAUCACUAGGCUUUGUUGUUGCUGUUCUUGUUCCAAGGAGAGGGCUUAUACAGAGUCAGCUGAGAGAGUCAAAUAGCCUUAACUAUAAGAAGGUAAUGCAAUUGUAUAAUAGAUAUUUUUGACUUCCCCAAAUACAUCAUAGUAUUGCUUAUGUAGGAAAGUUUUCUGUCUCAGAAAGAAAAAUCCAUUUGUGUCAGUCCUAUCAAACUAAGCAAAAUGAAGACCUCUGUUUGGAGCUGAUAACAAUAGCAAGAGGUUACAAACAGCAGGGGGGGAAGGUGACAUCAUUGAGUGCCUCUGAGAAUGUGGACCUUUAUCUACUUACCAUAUUUAAUUCCCACAAUAACAUUGUGAAACAGGUAUUGUUGUCCUCAUUUUUUCAGAUGAGGAUGCAGACCCAGAGAGGUUCAGAAACUUGCCCAAGAUAACCCAUAAAUGGCAAAGUUGGUUGCAAAAGAGAUGUUCCUGAAUUCAAAGGCCAGGCUCUCUCUACCACACCAUGUCUAAGUGCACAGUGUAAACACUUCAGUGUUUCAAGGAAUUAAACAGUUAAAAUGAGUUGAAGAUAUUACGUUGAUGUCCCUAUCUAUAAUGUUAUGGGGAUUUUUCAGUAGGGUUAAAAGAAAAAGUGUUUAGGCAUAGUAAGGUCAUAUAUAACAUAAUAUUUUUAUGUACGAAAAUAAAGAAAACAAAAUCUAAACUUUAGUCUUAAAGCAGAUCCUCAGUGGUAAUUUAGGAAACUCACCAAAUUAGGUGGAAAUGAUGGAAUAAUAUUGUCCAUGGCCAGCUAUUAUGUGGAAAAACAUGACAGUCUGUGUCUGGAAUGACAGGAACAAUUUGUUGACCUUUACCAAUUACCAUUUAAUCACUCAGAAUAAAGUGCCCUGCAGCCAACAGUGCCUCUCUACUUGCUUCCCCUGGAAGUAUAUAGGACUAAAUUGUAGGUCAUCAUCAAACUUUGGGAAUAUGCAAAAUAAAUGACCAUUUUUCAAAAUGCACAUUCUCUGAAGAAGAAGCAACUGGUCAGACAAGAUUGCUUAAAGAUUCAGGUACUGAGGGCAUCAGGUCAAUAUCUAUAGUAACCAUGUGUCAUGACACCUAAAUAUUUCUACUUGCCUUG